CCGAUAAACCUCACCCAAAAACCUCGAAGACACAAUGCUCUGUAUCUCCAAUGGCUGCUUUUGCUAAAAUCUCCUGCAUCCAUGCUCACAGAAACCAUCUCAUUCACCAUCCUUCUGGCAAUUUCAAGGCCAAGACUUUCACUUCCUCUCAUAAUCUUCAGACCCACCAUCUGUCAAUUAGAAAAUCCGAUGGAAUCAGCGUUUCGAAUUCAGUCACCAACAGUACCUCCAUCAGUAUUCAGAACCCAAGUUCGAAUAUUUGCCAAUUAUGCCUACUUGGAAACCUGGAACAAGCUUUGAGUUGCUUAGAUUCUAUGCAUGAACUGCAAAUUUCUGUGGAAGAGGAUGCUUAUAUUGCUUUAGUUCGGCUCUGUGAAUGGAAGCGGGCGCGAAAAGAAGGUUCUAGGGUUUACGCUUACAUUUCAAAGUCGAUUUGUAAUUUAAGCCUUAAAUUGGGAAAUGCUCUGUUGAGUAUGUUCGUGAAGUUCGGCAAUUUGGUGGAUGCAUGGUAUGUGUUUGGGAGAAUGACGGAGAGAAAUUUAUUCUCUUGGAAUGUUUUGGUUGGCGGGUAUGCCAAAGCUGGGUUCUUCGAUGAGGCUUUGAAUUUGUACCAUAGAAUGUUGUGGGAUGGUAUGAGGCCUGAUGUUUACACUUUCCCAUGUGUUUUGAGAACUUGCGGUGGAAUGCCGGACAUAGUUAGGGGUAGAGAGAUUCAUGUGCAUGUUAUUAGAUUUGGGUUUGAGUCAGAUGUAGAUGUGGUUAAUUCGUUGAUAACCAUGUACGUAAAAUGUGGUGAUGUUGAUACUGCAAGGUUGGUGUUCGAUAAGAUGCCUCAUAGAGACACAAUUUCUUGGAAUGCCAUGAUUUCUGGGUACUUUGAAAAUGGAGAAUGUUUGGAGGGACUAAGAUUAUUUUCUAUGAUGCUUGACAGUUCUGUUGAUCCAGAUUUGAUGACUAUGACUAGUGUGAUUACUGCUUGCGAACUACUUGGUGAUGAGGACUUGGGAAGGGAAAUUCAUGGGUAUGUGAUGAGAACGGUGUUUGGGAAAGAUGCCUCUGUUUAUAAUUCAUUGAUUCAAAUGUACUCAUCUGUUGGACUUAUUGAGGAAGCCGAAAAAGUCUUUUCUCGAACAGAAUGUAAAGAUGUGGUGGCAUGGACUGCAAUGAUAUCAGGUUAUGAGACUAGUUUGCUUCCUGAGAAAGCUCUAGAUACAUAUAAAAUGAUGGAAAUGGAAGGUAUCAUGCCAGAUGAAAUCACGUUAGCCAGUGCACUAUGUGCAUGUUCUUGUUUAGGGCAAUUGGAUAUGGGUAUGGCCCUUCAUGAAGUUUCCAAGCAGACGGGGCUCAUAUCAUAUGUUAUAGUUGCAAACACACUCAUUGAUAUGUUUUCCAAGUGUAAACAAAUUGACAAGGCUUUAGAAGUCUUCCACUCCAUGCAUGACAAGAAUAUUAUAUCCUGGACAUCUAUCAUCCUUGGUCUUCGGAUCAACAACCGGAGUUUUGAAGCUUUGUUUUUCUUUAGGGAGAUGAUGCUUGGGCUAAAGCCAAACUCUGUUACCUUGGUUUCUGUCCUAUCUGCAUGUUCUAGAAUAGGAGCUUUGACUUGUGGAAAAGAGAUUCAUGCCCAUGCAUUGAGGACUGGACUAGGUUUUGAUGGUUUUCUGCCCAAUGCAAUUUUAGACAUGUAUGUAAGGUGUGGAAGAAUGGAGUCUGCUUGGAAACAAUUUUUCUUAGGUGAUCAAGAUGUUGCAGCAUGGAACAUUCUACUGACAGGAUAUGCUGAACAUGGGAAAGGAAUGCUUGCCAUAGAACUUUUUCAGAGAAUGGUAGAGUCAAACGUCAUCCCUGAUGAAAUUACAUUUAUAUCCCUUUUGUGUGCUUGUAGCAGAUCUGGUAUGGUGGCAGAAGGAUUGGAAUAUUUUAACAGCAUGAAACAUAAGUACUUCAUUACACCUAACCUGAAACACUAUGCAUGUGUGGUUGAUUUGCUUGGCCGUGCCGGAAAAUUGGAUGAUGCUUAUGAAUUCAUACAGAAAAUACCAAUGAAACCAGAUCCAGCAAUUUGGGGAGCAUUGUUAAACGCAUGCAGGAUUCACCAUCAUUUUGAGCUUGGGGAACUUGCUGCUCAUAAUAUCUUUCAAGAUGAUACAAAAAGUGUAGGAUAUUAUAUUCUUCUGUCCAAUCUAUAUGCUGACAGUGGCAGAUGGGACAAAGUUGCAAGGCUAAGAGAAAUGAUGAGACAAAAUGGACUAGUAGUAGAUCCUGGAUGCAGCUGGGUGGAAGUCAAGGGCAAGGUGCAUGCUUUUUUAAGUGGUGAUUACUUUCACCCUCAAAUGGACGAAAUAAAUGUAGUUUUGAAGGGAUUUUAUGAGAAGAUGAAGGAAACUGGUUUUGGAUGGCAAGAGAACAGCCCUUCAGACGUACUUGAAGCUUCUAAAGCUGAUAUAUUUUGUGGCCACAGUGAAAGACAAGCCAUUGCUUUUGGACUUAUUAAUACUGCCCCGGGUAUGCCCAUUUGGGUCACUAAGAAUCUGUAUAUGUGCCAAAGUUGUCAUGAUACGGUCAAAUUUAUCUCUAAAGUGGUUCGAAGAGAUAUUUCUGUUAGGGAUGCUGAACAGUUUCACCAUUUCAAGGGAGGCAUCUGCUCUUGCAUGGAUGAAGGUUAUUGAAGUCAGAGAAAUUAGCAGAAAAACUGGAAGAUAUAUAUAUGGCAUUGUAAUAGAAAAAUUAUAGUUGUUGGAAACUUCCUGUUACACUGUAAAUGAUAACGGGGUUGUGAUGAGAAUGCUGAUCAGCCCCAUACAUAAGUGAUGUGAAUGUUAUAUAGAAAAUAACAGAUUCUCCUAUGUCUUGCAC